AAAUUUCGAUAAAAAAUUGCAAAUGGAAUUAGCUGCACUUCUCAAAUUAGGUGUCUGUCCGUUCAUUAUCAACUUUUAUGGGGUUUCGCAUGUGGAAAAUUGUGACGUCAUGAUUUACGAUUGGGCUGCAUAUAGUAAUCUACGUGAAAUGUAUUUAAAUUAUGAUAUCGAUUGGCCUACAAAAUUGCGGUUUGCACGUGAUAUAUUUUACGGUCUAGUAUUCAUGCAUCAAUGUAAUCUUUAUCAUCAUGACGUUCGUUGUGAAAAUAUCUUGGUCACUGAUAGAUUCGAGCCUAAAAUUUCAAAUUUCGAACUCACUCGCACUAUAACAGGAGCAGUAUCUUCGGAAAUUAAAAUAUUAGCCGAUAUUAUUCGAUGGUUGGCACCCGAAAAGAUGCGAAAAUCUCCAAAAGGAGGUACACAAAGGUAUAAUCAUCAAUGUGAAAUGUACAGUUUUGGAAUGAUGCUUUGGGAGCUUUGUCAUCAAAGGUUUCCUUAUGACGGAAUGGAUGUAGGUGAAAUACAAGAACGUGUUUUGAAUAAAAAACGAGAAUUUCUUGAAAAUACUCUUUGUCCAUCACCAAUUCCAAAAGAGCUUUAUAAACUCAUUAUCAGGGCUUGGGAUGAUGAACCUUCAGCACGUCCUUCGGACAUGGAAAUGCAACAUGCCCUUAAAGACCUUUUUCAGGAGCACGUAUUUUAUAAAGGUGUCUCCCCUCAUAUACGACCCAAAAAAGUUGAUUCUAAUGACGUCCCAAAUUUAGAGCUUUCAAGCAAUUUCCAAGAAAAAGUUUGCAUUAGCAAUGAUCCUCAACAACCUAAUAAACAAUUUGAAGCACCUGAUGAUUGUGAUUGUUUCAAUUUAGAAAUACCUAUGAUACAACCUUUAAUACCUUUUGAAGAAGGCAUUAAAGCACACAAAGCAAGGGAUUACGAAAAAGCUUGGAAAUGCUUUGAGAGUAAUGCAAAAUUUGGAAAUAAUAUGGCAAAAUAUUGGCAAGGAUAUUAUUUAUUGAAUGGAACAGGUGUAAAAAAGGAUCAUGCGGCUGCGCUUAAGCUUUUCAAGGAAGCAGCUGAUAAUGGUGUACCUGAUGCUCAACUUCGAUAUGCAUUUGCUCUUCUUGAAGAUAAAAAUAAUCUGGAUGUACAGGAAGUAAUGAAGUAUAUGAUCAUGGCAGCAAAUUCUGAAAAUUCUACUGCACUUUUUAAUUUGGGAGAUAUUUAUUGGAAUGGAAAGCUUGGGGUUACAGUUGAUAAA